AUGCUGGCAAGGUUUUUGACGGUUGACAGUCUCAAUGAUAUCAUCCUUAAGGGCAAUGAUGGAGUUGAAGUACCAGCCAACCGCUUCUUGCUUGCGGCACGGUCUGAUGUCUUCAUGGGCAUGCUGCUGGGAAAGUUUCAAGAAUCAUCAUCCCCAUUUGUAGAGCUAGGAUUUUCAGGAAGUGUCCUCAAGGCAGUGGUAGAGUUUGUGAUUACAGACACAGCAGAAGUGCUCAGUUGCGAGCAGAGAAAAGCACCAGAUUCACAACAUGCAGAUGUCAAUGCCCAACAGAUUGAAUCCUUAGUAUCACUGGCAGAGGCUGCUUUGUUCUUUGAUCUUCCUGGCCUCAGUGAACUUGUUCUGGAAUCAUUUGAAAAGGUUCUUAAGGAAAACCGAUACGCGUCAUUUGCUGCAUUGCAGGCAUGUAGCAUGGCUGGCAACUCAGUGCCUGAGAUGCUCAUUGAAAGGGCAAAAGCUUGGAAAUACUCAAGGACUCAGAAAUGGAAAUGUCAGAAUUUGAGCUCUUCCAAAUUCUGUCCCUCUGGGUAG